UUGGAGAUGAGCCCUGGUGGGUACCAGCGAGCGGCCGAGGAGUUGGGGAUUGCUCAGAUGAGCGGGCUGGAUGCUAAUCGGCCGCGCAGUUUGCCCAGGCGCGUGCUCUUGGCACUUAUUUUCUUGGCUUUGGCACAGGUUGGCUGCACACUAGGGCUGUUCCUGUACUUCAAGCAACAGAUGGAUCCAAACCGAACAUCUGAGAAAGUACUUGAGUGCUGGAGAACAAGUUUGAAGAAGAAAGAAGCGUCAGACACAAAUGAUCCUGUGUCAGAAGAUGACAAGUUAAAAUCAUGUGCAUUCAUAGGGGAAGCAUUGCAUGCUACAGUAAAUCAGGUUGCUCAGGAGCUCAUUGCAGAGAAACCUUUACAAGUAAAUGCUGUGAUACCAUCAUCAUCACCAUUUUCAAAGAAUAGCAGAAGUGGAAAAUGGCCGGUUGCACAUCUAACCAUCGCUAAUCAUACACACAGUUCUCAGUCUAAAGUGACUAUUACAUCUUGGAAUUACAGAGAAGGUUGGGGAAACCUAUUAAAUAUGGGCUACGAUAAUGGAAAAUUGAAAAUUUUACAAAGCGGUUUUUACUACGUGUAUGCAAAUAUCUGCUUCAGGCAUCACGAAAUUUCAGGAAACGCUUAUCGAAACAAAGUCCUCCAGCUCAUGUUGUACAUAUCUAAAAUGAAUUCAAAUAGAAAGCAAUUUGAAACGCUAAUGAAAGGUGGAAGCACGCCAUAUUGGUCUAAUGAUACAGAAUAUCAUUUCCACUCAGUUCAUCAAGGAGGUGUUUUUAAGUUUGUGGUCGGAGAUGAAAUAUUUGUCCAAGUAUCUAAUGCAGCACUUCUUGACCUGGCACAGGACGCAACCUACUUUGGGGCCAUAAAGAUUCUUGAUGUAGAGGCAUAAGGCAGAUUAUUACUAAAGUUCUACUAUUCAAAUAAACAGAGGUUCACUCUUU